AGGCGUGGUUUACGUACUGUUUUCGGAUAUAGAGACUGUUGUUGGAUGUUUUCGAGAUUUUACUAACAUAAGACAAGAAACAGGAGACACAAUUGUUAGCGAGAGGUCGCAAUUACUCAUUUAAUCUUCGGUUAAUCGAGUCGAGUCAUUUAAACCGACGCUCAAAUCGUUUUCAGAAGGUAAAUUAGUUGUAGGUCAAGUAAGGGGAUGCUGCUGCAGUCGCUGUCUCGGAGCUCGACACAAUCGCUGAAAUUUAUGUUGAGUUUAGUCGAAAAAAGAAGCUUUGCGGUAAGAGAAAACGCCUGCAGAAUAUGUCAGUCUCGACCGAGUCAUUUUCAAAUUUACUGAAUUUAUAUUGUGAAACGUUUUUUAUUGUUGUACCGCACAGCGCGUAGACGCCAGAGCAUUUUAGCUUGUAUUGUGCGGUCAGUUUAACAACUAAACCGAGCUGUCCGUAAGCCGAACUCGCUACUCCAUUCGUCCAGAUUUGCUUUUGGUUUGAAAGUGGCAGUGCAACAGUAAAGCUAUGAAGCUCUUGGAGAAUUCUCGUUUUGAGGCAUUGAGUUCCCAGCUGUGUGUUGAAACCGGAGACGCUCACAUCCUUGGCAGGAUCGAGAGCUACUCGUGUAAGAUGGCUGGUGAUGACAAGCACAUGUUCAAGCAGUUUUGUCAGGAGGGCGAGCCACAUGUUCUUGAAGCUCUGUCACCCCCUCAGUCCAGCAGUGCUCCAAGCCCUAACCUAUUGGGGAAGAGUGGGGAGGAUGGAGAAAACCCACUGAGUGAUAAGUGUUGCAGGAAGACGUUGUUCUACCUUAUCACCACCUUGAACGAGUCGUUCCGGCCUGAUUAUGACUUCAGUGCUGCCCGCGCCCAUGAGUUCAGCCGAGAGCCCAGCGUUAACUGGGUGGUUGACUCUGUUAACAGCAGCCUUUUUUCUGCUGUGGGGGAGCAGUUUAACUCUUUAGGACCAGAACUGUGGAAUGCCAUCGACCAAGAGAUAAACCUGCAGAGCUGUGACAUCUAUAGCUACAACCCAGACCUUGACUCUGACCCCUUCGGUGAAGAAGGCAGCCUGUGGUCCUUUAACUACUUCUUUUACAACAAGAAGCUUAAACGCAUCGUAUUUUUCACUUGCCGCUCUGUCAGUGUUCUCAGUAGUUAUGGUCGCAGUGGCUUUGAUAAUGAGUUGGAUAUGGAGCUGGAUGAUGAAGAGGAAGUGGAAAGCUUUGUGGAAGACAGGUUCCCUCGAGCUCUUUGCGUCUAAAGCUUUCUCAGGGAAGACGACCUGCACUUCAAGCCAAAGGACCUCGCUGUUAACUUUGGACCUAAUUUCUUCUUUUGUUUUUUAGGAAAAAGAAAUACUUUUAAAAUUUUAUUUUCUGCGUUUCAUUUUUACUUCACUGUGGACAGAGAAGAAAUAAGUUAAUUUUACACCUCCCAUUUGCCUCUAAAGAAGAUUACAAACGGUCUUAGAGGAGUUCCAGGAGAGCUGCUUGGACAAGGUUUGCCAUGAACUCAUUUAAGCAUUGGCUGAGAAAACAAAAACCGCUGGAAACCAGCUCAUCCUAGGAGUGGGUGAAAGUCACAUUUAGACACCAGCAUUUUGACUGUGGAGAAUAUCAACACACUUUGGUAUACAAAGACUGCAUGCCUUCUGGAUUUGUGCCCAUCUGUUUUAUUGGUUCUUUUAAUAUUUAAUAUUUUACUGUUUUCUAAGCUGUUUAAGAUUUGAAGCUUGGGUAGCAGAAUGGUGUCAUUUAACUUUUUUUUUUUUUUUUUUUUCUUUUAAAUGAGUGAUCCUGGAAUUGGUAGCAUCAUGCUCUGGCAAACCAGCUCUAGAUGUGUUAGAUCUUUUUUCUUAAAAUCUUUAACAUUGAACUAUAAAGCUUUUUUGGUAAACCUGAUUAUUUGAAAUUCAUUUAUUUUAGUACACUGCACUGUUUUUUUUUAAUUUCUAUUAAAUGUCUGCAGGUUUCACUUGUUGCUGUCUGUAACAUGGGCUUUACUAUGAGUUUACCACCUGUUAUUUUGGCAUAGAUGAAAGCUAAACAUGUAAACCAAAUAUUGUUGAUGCUUUCAAGGCUGGACUGUCUUUUUUUUUCUUUCAUAACAAUGUGAAUUUUUUUUGGUUUUUGUUUUUGAAAUGAAUAUGUGAAUGUCAUGUUGUGUUGCCAGAUAAGCAUCUGUGACAAUAAAAUAACAGGUUAUCCACCA